UUAUUACUUUUUUAUUACUGUAUACGAGAAAAAUAAAAAAUAAAAAAAAAAUAUAAUUUUUAAAUAUGGAUCAACAUGUUACUACUGCCGAAGUACCCUACUAUACAUCCACUCAAAGUGUUAUACCCACACCGUCCAGUUCCUCGAACCUGCUAUUCCAACCACAGGAACCUCAAUACCAUGUACAAGGAUAUCCACCACCACAACAACAACAACAACAUCAACAACAACAGACUCAGUAUGUCAUGGCUCCAUACAACGCUAUGGAGACCCAACCCAUGAUGAACACAGGACAAUACCAAUCAAUAGAUUUCUUUUACGAGACUCCACAACCGGAUUAUACCAACACUUCAGCUCCAAAUUAUCAAAUACCAACAAGUACACGGCCAACAGAAAGAAGUACAAGUACAACGCAAUCAAGUGUCGAUGAAGAUUACGUUCAAAAUCUAGCUAAUGAGUUACAACAUACAAAACAAUUGUUAAGUCAGUACCAAUUAAGAACCGAGCAGUUAAUGAGUCUAGUGGAGAAACAGACUUUAAAAAUAAACGAGUUACGAGAACAACUUGCUGAAAAUAAAAAGGGAUAAGGUUUUUUUUAUAUGUUUAUCAAGGGCACAACGCGAUCUAUUUUAUAUGCUUUUUAUGUUUUUUUUUUUUAAAAAAAAGAAAAAAAAAAAAAAAUUACACUCACAAAAAAGAAAAUUAACUCUUUCUUCAUAC